AUGGACCUUCGUUCCAUCAUAAACACCGAAGCUGGGGAAAACUCCAUUCCCAAACAAGCAGCUCCAGUCACGCCAAUUCAAGCGCCUCCACAUCACGGCUUUCGAGAGUACAGCCAUUCAUCACAGCCGUCGCCGGGCAAAUACCCUUCGCAGGACUAUACUUCUCAGACGCCAGGCCCGUAUGCCUCACCCUCGACUUAUCAAUCUGCGACUCCUUAUCCAGGACGACCUCCUCCUCCUCCUCCUAUUCAAGCCCCUCCGCAGAAUGACCUACGCUCUCCCGUGAGAUCCUACUCUGCCCAGUCACCGUAUCAGCGUACACCUUCGACCUCGACCUCGUCCCAAUAUCCAUUUCCACAUACCCAGACUCCUCAAAGCCCAGCGCAACAUCAGCAGUAUCCACCUUCCUUCCCAACUCGAGACAGCUAUCCGCAGGCCAACCCUCCGCCUCACCAUUCACAGCAAAAUUCUUUGAGCCACCAAAACUCUGCACAUAAUCUGGUGUCGCCGACCCCCCAGACACCUCCAAUUGGGAUCCCUGGAGCUCCACAUCCAUAUCUCCAGCAUCAAAGAUCUCAAUCUUCCAUCUCAGCUUCCACCCCGACGCCCACAUCUGCCCAGAGUCAACAGCCGUACUACCCUCAAUAUCCACAAGAUAGCCCUGUAUCUGCUGGGCCAGGACCGCAAUUUGCUACAUCACAGAUUCCUCAGCAUCACCGGCAACAAUCUCAACCAGGCACUCCGCUGGGCCCACCUCUUACACAAAGACCAUCUUCCGGAACAUUUCCGCAACCAAGUAGUCCAUAUCAACAACGAGGUAUCUCCACCGGGCCAUUUUCUCACUUUCAACAAACCUCUCCAGCACCUUCGGCUUCUGCCACUCUUCCCCGACACCCUAGUACACCAAGCGCAUACGAUUCUCAAAGAACCUCAUUGAGUGAACAAAGGAGAUCGCGAAGUGAAAGAGAGCGAACUUUGAGUGUUAGCCCAAAGACUCGGGUUCCUAGUACGCCACGCGCAGAGCUUCCAAUCUCUCAGCCAGAAAACGGGUACCCAUACUCGACAAAGAGAAAAAUGGAUGAUCGUGAUUUGAGAGUUGAGGAUCAUGCUGUGCAACCACCAGAAAGUAAAAGAGUCAUGAAUGGCGAACACAAGAUUAUCCACUCUGCAUCUAGCUCUCCAAAGGCGCCAGCGAAGAAGCGAAUUCGUUAUACAGAAAUUCCUAUUUGGGCGCAAAGUGUUCGAAGUAAGGCUGCAUUAGAGAUUGGGCAAAGAGCGAAGUUGAAUGGGAAACAAGCAGAGACAAUUCCUGCUCAAGGUCCUGCCCAAGCGUCCGUAAUUGCACAUUCUGAGACGAAUGGUAGUCACAAUAGCUCUCCGAUGAUUUCAAGAGCCGGAAUUCAGGACUUACCGCCAGAUCCAAGUAUUUUACUUGGUCCGCAUGAAAUGAGUUUGCUGAAGGAUCCUCCAACGAAAGGCAUGACGAAGGCGGUAGCCGAUUUCUUCUACUCAGAGGUAGUUUCUCGAAACGAUUUUGGAGAACUUUCCAGUCGUGGGGUAGAAAUUGAAAUCGAGGCCAAAUUGGGCCACCUUAUUGACAGGGCCACCAAUCAUCGAUACCAGCUGCCUAUACUCUCAGAAUGCGUUCUUGCACCAAAUCCAAAUAUUGCCUUUAAGAGUUCGAUGACAUUGCCACAACAUUCUGGUUUGAACAGAUUUCUGAAUGUUCAAGUGGAAGCUACACAUCCGAGUAAGCCAAAGAAUAGACCUAGGGUACCAAUAAACUAUCUCCAUCGCCGGGAAACAGAUCGAUUUUACACCCUGCCAGCAUCGAUGCACAGCAUUCUCCCAGCUGCGGUUCGCGAACAGAUUAAGCGGGAUGUUAGUGUUCGUGUAACGACCGACCAAAAGACGGGCCAAAUAAUCGCACGUAUCAUCAAGACUCGAAUAGCGGAUCUGGAUAUAUACUGUCCACAACUACCGCUAGAUUGUCGCAUCAGUAUAAACUUCGAAAUGAAAUUUGAUGGCGACAUCGACGAGAUCAUAAGGAAUGCACCGGCGGGAGAAAAGCGGCCAGAACGUCAGAAAGAUCGUUUGAGUUAUACCCAAGGUUUAUACCAAUUCGAUCUCACGCAGGUUACGUCGGAGAUCACUGCUCCAAAUGGUACGAUACGUAUUGAAAGGGAACAUGAGUUGGAAAUCGAAGUCUCGACUGCCGCUAUCAGACAACAGGGUCAGAGGGCUGCGAAUGGAGAACCCCAUGAGUAUCCGAGUCUGGUAGAGGGUCUGUUAAAUAAUGUUUGUCUCCUUUCGAAAUGUGCGGGGGAGCAACCACCGCAAUGA